AUGACUCAACUGUUCGUAGAAGACUUUUGGAGAAUGGUAGAAGGGCAAUUCGUCCACAGAAAAAACAGCUUCUAACUGAACGAAUGAAGAAACAAAGGCUACUGUGGGCCAAAAAAUACUCUAAUUGGACUGUAGGCGAGUGGAAAAAAGUCCUAUUUACAGAUGCAACUCACUUUAUAGUUCAGGGACAGCGGUCGAAAUUCGUUAGGAAGUCUGACAAUGAAAAGCUUACACUUUGGAUCUUUGGUGCCAAUUGAAGGCAUGAUGAGCAGCCAAAAAUACAAAUCCAUGUUGGAAAAGUAUUUGGACAAACAACUCCAAAAAAGUCAACCCCAAGGAGGAGCGAUUCUUCAACAGGACUCUGCUCCCUGUCACAAAUCAAAUGAAAUGAUGGCAUUCUUCAAAGAUAAGAAGAUUAAUGUUUUAGAUUUACCCGGUAAUUCGCCCGACCUCAACCACUUUGAAAAUUUAUGGGCCAUUUGCAAAGCUAGACUGCGAAAAAUCGACUGUACCACUAAAACAAAAAUGAUAGAAGCGGCCAUUCAGGUUUGGUAUCGAGAUGAAAGGAUAUCUGACAACUGCCAGAAACUCAUAGAAUCUAUGCCAAAACGGGUAAAAGCAAUAAUUGCUGCCAAAAGGAGACAUAUUUCCUACUGA